UUUUGCUUUAAUUUCUGCGCUGCGUGGGUGGGAAACGAUAAGACUGGGGGGGGGGGGGUUUCCGGGAAAAAAGAUUGUUUGCUUGCUGCUGGGUGUAUCGUAUCGUAUUAUUUGGCAGGGAGGGACGUAAGAUGGAAUCUGAAGCUUCUACUUCCCAAUUUCUCUUCCUUUUCAUAAGCAGCCGCUGAUCAUUGUCAUCUCUCUCUCUCUCAUCGUCAAUGCGUCAAUCUCGUCCCCGUUAUACUUCGAUCUUUGUUCCUCUCCGUAGGCGACGACGGCGCCGGCGGCUGUGGCGGAAUUUAUCUUAUCUUGGCGAAGAGGGAGGAAGAGAGAGAGACCCGAAGACUUUUCAUACAUGUACAAAUUCCUUGCCUGCUCUGUACCGUUUCUUUUGUGCGAUCCCCUCUCGGAUCUCCCACCCUCCUGCUCAACUCUGCCUGCUUCUAUUACUUGCCUGGAUGGACGGUCCUCCGCUGCUGUUACUAUCCCCUCUCUCUACUCGCUUUGAUGUUCCGAAACGAUGUAGAGAUGGAUCGAGAGGAGCAACCGUCACGGGAAAGCAAGUAGGGAGAUUGUGGAGAAAACAAUUUGAUACAUCUAGUAUGACAGAAACAGACCCCCAGCAAAGAAAUUUCGGGAAUGUGAAGAACUCGCAAUUCUCGGAACUAUUUUUUUCGCGUUCAAGAGCGGGCAGAAAAACAAGGUCCAUUUCCUCCUCCUUGCCAUGGAAAAAAUCAGUGUCGCUGAAGUUGCCCUCGUAAAAAUCAUUUUCUGUUCUGCGGACAUGGCCCACAUUGGUUUCAAAUUCCAGCGGGCUUGCUUCGUUGUGGAGGUCAAACCAAACCGUCUCCUCAAGUCUUAUCUCGAAAAAGCCCUCCUACACGGACUACGGCCUCCAG